ACAUUAAUAAGAGUCUCUCUCUCUCUCUGCUUUCGGCCAAACAACCUUAUUUUUUCCCCUCUCCUCUGGGAGAUCUCCAGAUUUCUCUCCUUCUUCUUCGCGCCCCCUGAAAAACUCUUUACUCGUUCUUUUCCGUUUCUCUUGCCGGCAGAUCGACUCCUUUUUAAUCCUCCGAUCCAAUUUUCCCGGUAUCGAUCCCUCAUUCUUUCUAGGUCUUCCUUUGAAAAACAAACCCCUAUUGCUUCCUUCUCGAAACCUCAAUUUUACCCUUACCCCAUCCAAUUCUCCCUCGAUUCUGCAGUUAUGGCGCUUAGGGUUACCUUCACCUACUCCAGCUACGUUGCUCGGAACCUUGCUUCAUCAUCCGCCGGGACUCGUGUCGGUACCAGCGACGUUAGAUCAUGCUUCGAAUCAUGGAUUCGUCCCAGGUUCUGCCCUCAGAAUCAGAUACCCGAAAUUGAAAAAUCUACCGGAGCCAACAACAACUCAUGGCUUGGUCCCAGCUCAAGCCCUCGUGCUCGUCCACCUUCUUCUUCUUCUUCUUCUUCUUCUUCUAUGUACAGCACCAUCGCCAGGGAGAUCCUCGAAGAAGGAAGCAAGAGUCCGCUUGUUAUGGGUAUGAUCUCAAUCAUGAGAUUGGCUGGUGGAGCUCCUGAGCUUCCCGGUAUGAACGUUCUCGGGAUCUCUCCCUUUAAGACCUCUUCUGUUAUACCCUUCCUUAGGGGUUCCAAGUGGAUGCCCUGUAGUAUUCCGGCGACGUUAUCAACUGAUAUCACUGAGGUUGAUAGGGUUGGAGGAGGAAAGGUUUGUGAUGCUAAAAUUAAGUUGGAGUUGAGUGAUAAGGUCUCCAAUCCUGGUAACGGUUGGGUUAAUAAGCUGUUGAAUAUCUGUUCUGAGGAUGCUAAGGCAGCUUUCACGGCGGUUACUGUUUCUCUCCUUUUCCGGUCGGCUUUGGCUGAGCCUAAGUCUAUACCUUCGACAUCUAUGUACCCUACUCUUGAUGUGGGUGAUCGUGUUAUGGCUGAGAAGGUCUCAUACUUUUUCAGAAAGCCAGAGGUUUCAGACAUAGUUAUCUUUAAGGCUCCUCCUAUUUUGCUGGAACAUGGUUACAGUUGUACUGAUGUUUUCAUAAAAAGGAUAGUUGCUAGCGAAGGUGACUGGGUUGAAGUUUGUAAUGGAAAGCUCUUAGUUAAUGACUCUGUUCAAGUAGAGGAUUUUGUCUUAGAGCCGAUUAACUACGAAAUGGAACCGAUGUUCGUCCCUGAAGGUUAUGUCUUUGUUCUAGGAGACAACCGCAACAAAAGCUUUGAUUCUCAUAACUGGGGUCCACUUCCAAUAAAGAACAUCAUAGGGAGAUCUGUGUUCCGGUAUUGGCCACCGAGCAAAGUGUCAGACAUAAUACACCAUGAACAAGUUAUCCAAAAGAGAGCUGUUGAUGUUUCAUGACCAAUGCAGGGUGGUUCUUAGGAUUAAGCAUAAAAUUGAAUAGAUGAGCCGAGCCAACCAUUUUGGCAAGGAAGGCUACAGAGCAAUUUUUUCUUCCUGUCUACACUUCUAUAGAAGACAUGGAAUGCAAUGGGAAAUCCAUAAGAAGAAAACUGAUACUUUUGCUUUGAUUUUUUUUGUUGUGUUGAAACCUUAAUGCAACCAUUGUUAUUGGCAGUCGCUGUCAAACAUAAGGGCAAACUGUUUUUUUCUAGUAUUUUUUUGUGAAGUAUCCUGUAAACGUUCUUUUCCCAAGCUCUGUAAUGUAGUGUUUAAGAAGUGCUGAUAUCUUUCUACCCAAUAAAAAAAAAGUGCUGAUUUCUUUGUUA